AUGGCGUCCGAGGAUGUGAAGACGAGCGAGUCGGCCGUGUCCAAGAUUGUGAAUCUCGCGGAGGAGGCGAAGCUCGCGAAGGAGGAAAUCAAGCCUUCUAAAUACCAAGUCUACAGCAUUUGCAAGUCCCUCGUCGCCGGCGGUGUCGCCGGAGGAGUGUCACGAACUGCCGUAGCUCCAUUAGAGAGGUUGAAAAUUUUGCUCCAGGUGCAAAAUCCACACAAUAUAAAGUAUAGUGGUACUGUUCAAGGCUUGAAAUACAUAUGGAGUACUGAAGGGUUUAGGGGAUUGUUUAAAGGCAAUGGCACUAAUUGUGCCCGUAUUGUCCCGAAUUCGGCUGUGAAGUUCUUCAGCUACGAGCAAGCAUCCAAGGGCAUAUUGUACUUGUACCAGCGACAAACUGGCAAUGAGGAUGCUCAGCUAACUCCUUUAUUACGUCUGGGAGCGGGAGCUUGUGCUGGGAUUAUUGCUAUGUCUGCUACAUACCCAAUGGACAUGGUUCGGGGAAGACUUACUGUGCAGACGGAUAGGUCCCCGUAUCAGUACAGAGGAAUGUUUCAUGCUUUAUCCACAGUGCUUCGCGAGGAAGGCUUCCGUGCUCUGUACAAGGGCUGGCUUCCAUCUGUGAUUGGAGUUGUACCUUACGUGGGUCUUAACUUUGCCGUAUAUGAAUCUCUCAAAGAUUGGUUAAUCAAAUCCAAGACGUUUGGUCUUGUUGAAGAUAAUGAGUUGGGUGUUGUGACAAGGCUCGCCUGUGGGGCCGCAGCAGGCACAGUCGGGCAGACCGUUGCUUACCCGCUUGAUGUCAUCCGUAGGAGAAUGCAGAUGGUCGGUUGGAGUAAUGCGGCAUCAAUUGUGACGGGUGAUGGUAGAGGAAAGGUCCCACUUGAAUACACUGGGAUGGUUGAUGCUUUCAGGAAGACUGUAAGGCACGAGGGCUUCAGGGCAUUAUACAAGGGAUUGGUCCCCAAUUCGGUGAAGGUUGUCCCGUCAAUAGCCAUUGCUUUCGUAACGUACGAACAAGUGAAAGAGUUGCUCGGUGUUGAGAUCAGAAUUUCUGACUGA